UUGGCACCAUUUUGUGUUUGUUUACACUACAGUACAGUCAUACAGUUUACUAAAACUAGAGUCUACAUCUAGAAAUUAGAGUCUCGUCCAAUAAAAAUAGAUCUAUAUAGAUCUAGUUUCAAGAAAUAAUGCCUCUACUUUAGAUUAGAUCUAAAUUAAGAUGCUUCAUGUGUUGAUAACUCUUGAGACACAAAUAUACAGGAGAAAAUAAUACAUCCUUCAUGCAUAGGAUCACAGUUCUCAGUCUUCCGGUUAUGUCAACAAAAGAUGAUAAUCAAAAUAAAGAAAAGCUUAAAUGUAAUAAAAAUUUUGGAAUUCAUGAGUGUGAUGCCUCUAAAUGUCAUCUGAACAAUCCUGUCGAAAAUGAAACUUUAGAAUAUUGUCCAGACAGUAAUAAAGAAGAAAUGUCAGAAUUAUCUGGUGAUAUGUGUUCUUUAACACUGGACCAGCUGGAUGAUGAUGUUCUCUUCCACAUCGCAACAUUCCUGGAAGCUAGAGUUGUCAAGUAUGCCUUGAGUCAGGUGUGUAAAAGAUUCCAGGAAAUGUUUGACAAUGAAACGUAUUGGAAGAUGAGAAUGACUGUUAGGUUCUCAAAAAAAUAUCCUGCCGUGCCAUGUCCUCCCAACUUUCAAUGGGAUGAUGCUUGUGUGGCAAGAGAAGAUAUGCACAGAGUCUGGUCUAACAUUGAUCAGUCUACUCACAAUUUUAUGUACUCUUGUAACAUUUAUGGAGGUGUGGAUGCUGUGCAUCUUAUGCAAGGUGGUGAAAUACUUGUAGCUGGUGACCGCAACAGAAGUCUGAAUUUGAUUGACCUAACCAAGUAUCCUGGAAAUCAAGCCAGUGAGGAACAAAUCAAGGAAAUGCUGGUCCAUUCGAACAAAACUGCACAUGAGGGAUGGAUUUGGAGCAUAACUUCUGUUGAUAAAAAGGUAAUCACAGGAUGCUGGGACAAUCAGAUAAGAAUGUUUGAUGCUGAAGUUGGAUGCUCAUUAGCUUCAUCAUUUAAAUGUAAAGCACCAGUCUUGUCUUUGUAUGCUGAAGAUAAUGAAAUAGUGGCCAGUUGCUUUGAUAAAAAAGUGUACUUCAUUGAUCGACGGACUUCUGCUGUACGCUCGAGGGUAUUCCAUACUAAACCAGUGCUUUGUGUCACAGGAAGUGAUCACUUUAUUAUCUCUGGCAGUGAGGAUAAGUCAAUAUCAAUUUUUGAGCGUAGAGCUGGCAAAAUUUUUAUGAUGUUCAAGUUGGACAAAUAUCCUCUAUGUUUGAGUUACAGUAAUAACCAGUUGUGGUUUGGUGAUGUAUCCGGAAAUCUACAUCUGCAUGAUGGCACAGAGGAUGUUUUUCAGUACAUUGGGACUUACAAUGUGGGACACACAGAAAAAAUGACUGGCCUGAUCACUACACCUGGUGCCAUAUUUACCUGUUCAGGGGACAAGUCUAUCAAAGUUUUAGAUCCAACACGAGAACCCACUAGCAUUGCUUCCAUUAAUGUCCAUAAAAAAGAAAUUGCAAAAAUUGACUAUAAAAAUGGUGUUCUUGUGAGUGCAGGUGGAGAGGACUGUAUAGGAGUAUGGCUUCCUAAAAGUUUUCAAAAGGAGUCUUAUGUCUUAGUUUAAAAAAAAAAAAUUUACAUAAUAAUUAGAGCUUACUAAAAAAAAUGUAUUGCCUCUACAAUGUGAAAAAAAAAUUAUAAUCUAUGUUUCAAAAAUGAUCAUUUCAUAACUGUAGCAAUUUAUUUUCAUUUUGCAUUUCAAUGGUGCUCUAUUGUAUUUCUUAUAUGUUUAAUAUUUAAUGAUUCUAAAAUCUCUCUAAACCCUUGAGCAAUGACAAUAUGUAAAGCCAUUUCUCCCAUUUAAAGUCUAUCCACAUAAACCAGGGAGUUUAUCCACAUAAACUGGGAGGUCUAAAAAGAUCUAAAAAGAUUUUCUUUUGGCAAACCUGUCAUCAUGCUUUCUAAAUUCACUUGUAUGUCUUUACCAUUUCAGUUUCACUCAUAUCCAAGUAUGUCUUUACCAUUUCAGUUUCACUCAUAUCCAAGUAUGUCUUUACUAUUUCAGUUUCACUCAUAUUCAAGUAGGUUUUAACCAUUUCAGUUUCACUCAUAUCCAAGUAUGUCCUUACCAUUUCAGUUUCACACAUAUGCAAGUAUGUCUUUACCAUUUCAGUUUCACUCAUAUCCAAGUAUGUCCUUACCAUUUCAGUUUCACUCAUAUCCAAGUAUAUCCUUACCAUUUCAGUUUCACUCAUAUCCAAUUAUGUCCUUACCAUUUCAGUUUCACUCAUAUCCAAUUAUGUCCUUACCAUUUCAGUUUCACUCAUAUCCAAGUAUAUCUUUACCAUUUCAGUUUCACUCAUAUCUGAGUAUGUCCUUACCAUUUCAGUUUCACUCAUAUCCAAGUAUGUCUUUACCAUUUCAAUUUCACUCAUAUCCAAGUAUGUCCUUACCAUUUCAGUUUCACUCAUAUCCAAUUAUGUCCUUACCAUUUCAGUUUCACUCAUAUCCAAGUAUGUCUUUACCAUUUCAAUUUCACUCAUAUCCAAGUAUGUCCUUACCAUUUCAGUUUCACUCAUAUCCAAGUAAUUAUUUACCAUUUCAGUUUCACUCAUACCGAAGUAGGUUUUUACCAUUUCAGUUUCACUCAUAUUCAAGUAUGUCCUUACUAUUUCAGUUUCACUCAUAUCCAAGUAUGUCCUUACCAUUUCAGUUUCACUCAUAUCCAAGUAUGUCCUUACCAUUUCAGUUUCACUCAUAUCCAAGUAUGUCUUUACCAUUUCAAUUUCACUCAUAUCCAAGUAUGUCCUUACCAUUUCAGUUUCACUCAUAUCCAAGUAUUUCUUUACCAUUUCAGUUUCACUCAUACCGAAGUAGGUUUUUACCAUUUCAGUUUCACUCAUAUCCAAGUAUGUCCUUACUAUUUCAGUUUCACUCAUAUCCAAGUAUGUCCUUACCAUUUCAGUUUCACUCAUAUCCAAGUAUGUCCUUACCAUUUCAGUUUCACUCAUAUCCAAGUAUGUCCUUACCAUUUCAGUUUCAUUCAUAUCCAAGUAUGUCCUUACCAUUUCAGUUUCACUCAUAUCCAAUUAUGUCCUUACCAUUUUAGUUUCACUCAUACCGAAGUAGGUUUUUACCAUUUCAGUUUCACUCAUAUCCAAGUAUGUCCUUACUAUUUCAAUUUCACUCAUAUCCAAGUAUGUCCUUACCAUUUCAGUUUCACUCAUAUCCAAGUAUGUCCUUACCAUUUCAGUUUCAUUCAUAUCCAAGUAUGUCCUUACCAUUUCAGUUUCACUCAUAUCCAAGUAUGUCUUUACCAUUUCAGUUUCACUCAUAUCCAAUUAUGUCCUUACCAUUUCAGUUUCACUCAUAUCCAAGUAUGUCUUUACCAUUUCAGUUUCACUCAUAUCCAAUUAUGUCCUUACCAUUUCAGUUUCACUCAUAUCCAAGUAUGUCCUUACCAUUUCAGUUUCACUCAUAUCCAAGUAUGUCUUUACCAUUUCAAUUUCACUCAUAUCCAAGUCUGUCUUUACCAUUUCAGUUUCACUCAUAUCCAAGUAUGUCCUUACCAUUUCAGUUUCACUCAUACCGAAGUAGGUUUUUACCAUUUUAGUUUCACUCAUAUCCAAGUAUGUCUUUACCAUUUCAGUUUCACUCAUAUCCAAGUAUGUCCUUACCAUUUCAGUUUCACUCAUAUCCAAGUAUGUCCUUACCAUUUUAGUUUCACUCAUACCGAAGUAGGUUUUUACCAUUUCAGUUUCACUCAUAUCCAAGUAUGUCCUUACUAUUUCAAUUUCACUCAUAUCCAAGUAUGUCCUUACCAUUUCAGUUUCACUCAUAUCCAAGUAUGUCCUUACCAUUUCAGUUUCACUCAUAUCCAAGUAUGUCCUUACCAUUUCAGUUUCACUCAUAUCCAAGUAUGUCCUUACCAUUUCAGUUUCAUUCAUAUCUAAGUAUGUCCUUACCAUUUCAGUUUCACUCAUACCGAAGUAGGUUUUUACCAUUUUAGUUUCACUCAUAUCCAAGUAUGUCUUUACCAUCUCAGUUUCAAUUGCUUGUCUUUGCUGAGAUUUUCAUGGUUACUUGCUAGGGAUAAAUCAAUAAUAGAACUUUUACUACUUGUUUUAUAAGUCCUAUAUCAAUGAGCAAUACUUUGUUCUCUCUAGCUUGCCUCUUAGUUCAGCAGUCAACUUCAACAUUUCAUAAGGAUAAAAAAUCUUAAGCCCAAAAUCUGUUUCUAAUAAUCCCCUUCAUGCAUUCUCUAUUAUAAUUAGCUGCUAUUAACACUGAUAUAAACUACACUAGAAGUUUAAAAACUAGUAUUUUCUAUUGGAUAUUGGAAUUUAUGCUUAGGACAAGUGACAUAAGCUAGCUUAAAAAAAGGCUUUUGGCUUCUUAAAAUUUAAUUUUCUAGUUAACAUCAAUGAUAUAGUAAACACAAAUAUAUAACAGUUAAGAUUUUUAAAAACAAAUUUGUGUAAAUCUGUAAGAAAAAUAAAAAUCUAAUAUCUAGUUACAUAAACUGCCUGUAAUCAUUUUUUUUAGAUUAGAUGUAGCCUAAUUAAAUCAAAUUACAUUGUCAUCUAUUUGAAAAAUAAAUUAAUGUUAGGAGCAAUUCUUUAUGUGUGCUAUGUUCAAGAAAGUUACAUGAGAAGAGGAUGAUGGACCAUGAAAUGCUUCAAAUAAGAGUCAUCACCUCUGUUCCUUCCAUUUCCUCCACCCAAAUUGAGAUGUAUCCAUUUCUUGAUUCUUUCUUUCACAUACACUUCUCCACUGGGUCCCUGCAGGUCCAAGCCAAAUUAGCAUUUUUUGUUUCUAUAUGUUUUUCUGUCUUCCCAAACCUAUCAUCAUUAGAGUACUAUGCUACUUAUAGCUUUUUAUAAGAUUUUAAGCAUUUUUUAGAUUGAUGUUAAGGCCUGCUCCACUGACUUGCAUUUAUUAAUUAAUAAUUAUUUUGUUGCAUUCUGUACUUGAUGUAUUACGCUUUGAGUAAAAGUCAAUGUACACUCAAAAA